AUGGAACCUUUUCAGAAUUGCAGACAUCUUCAAAAGUACAAAACAAGGCUGGGUAUGGAAACAACAUUAGCUAAUGUUAAUGGGAAGAUCUGGUCUAUAUCAGUUAGCAGCUACCAUGCAAUUACCUUGGAUGGUGGGAGAGAUUUUAAUGUCAUCUUAUCAGAGGAGGAAAAACUGGGUGGAUUACCAGUUACCUUGGAUGAAUGUGAGGAUUUUGCCUUUUGUAUUAACUCUUGUGAACUGUUUGACUUGGGUUACAAAGGGAGUCUUUUUACUUGGUGGAAUGGGAGAUCAGCAGAGGACUGCAUAUUUAAAAGACUGGACAGAAUAUUGGUUAACUCCAGUUUUCAGGAAAUUUUCCCUCAGAUUGAAGUUGAACACCUUAUCAGAACAGGGUCAGAUCAUGCACCAUUACUAUUAUCUUGUGGAGAAGAAGCUGUUAAUGUCAUAAAACCAUUCAGGUUUUUGAAUUUUUGGGUUCAACAUGAGGACUUCAAGGAUUUGGUUAUGCAGAAUUGGAAGACUGAUGUUGUAGGGUCACCAUUCCUAACUUUCAAGAACAAAUUAAAGAACUUGAAGAAAGCUUUAUCAGUAUGGAGUAGAGAAACAUAUAGGGACAUUUUCAAGGAGUUGGCAAUAAGGGAAGAAGUCGUGAAGAUUAAAGAAAAAUUGUUUGAAGAAGAUCCAAGCAUUGUUAAUAGAAUUGUCCUCCAAAAAGCUCAAGCAGAACUGAAAAAAUACUUGAGCUUGGAAGAACAAUAUUGUAAGCAGAAAGCAGGAUUUACAUGGUUCUCAGAAGGAGAAAUAAAUACUAGUUUUUUUCAUAAUUAUGUUACUGGAAAAAGGAAGAAACUACAGCUGAAUAGAAUUCAAAAUGGAGAUGGGACAUGGUUAGAUUCAACAACCCUCAUUGCUCAGGAGGCAGUGAAUUUCUAUCAAAACCAAUUCACUCAGGAAGGAGAACCUGAUAAUUUUGACAUACUGCAACAUGUACCAUCUAUGGUGACUCAUGAACAAAAUAUGAAAGUUUGUUCAUAUACAUCAUUGGAGGAGGUAAAAGAGGCUGUGUUUGCUUUGAGUGGAGAAAGUGCUAGUGGUCCUGAUGGUUUUACAGGUGUUUUCUAUCAAAAAUGUUGGGAUAUUAUUAAAAAUGAUGUUUAUGGUAUUAUCCUAUCUUUCUUUGAUGGAAAUGAUCUACCAAAGUCCAUUACUCAUACUAAUUUGGUCUUAAUUCCCAAGAAACAACCAGUUCAGUCUUUUUCAGAUUUAGGACCAAUUAGUCUUUCCAAUUUCAUCAACAAGGUGAUUUCUAGAGUUGUUCAUGGAAGGAUGGAAAAAAUCAUAACAUCAUUGAUUUCUCCCAAUCAGUCAGGUUUUGUGAAAGGGAGAAGUAUAUUUGAGAACAUCUUACUCACUCAGGAGAUAGUUUCAGAUAUUAGAAUUAGAGGUAAACCUGCAAAUGUUGUUAUCAAACUAGAUAUGGCUAAGGCAUAUGAUAGAGUUUCAUGGAAAUACUUACUUCAUGUGUUGAGAAGAAUGGGAUUUGCAGAACACCUAAUCAAUUUGAUCAGAAGUCUGAUUAGUAACAAUUGGUAUUCAAUACUCUUGAAUGGUCAAGCUACAGGGUUUUUCAAGUCAACUAGAGGUGUAAAGCAAGGAGAUCCUUUGUCCCCAGCUCUUUUUCUAUUAUCAACAGAGUUGUGGUGGAGAUUCAGAACUACUGCAACUAUGUGGGCAAAUUUUAUGUGGAACAAAUAUUGCAAAAAAUUGAUUCCUACUUUGGUUCAGUGGAAGGGAGGAACACAAGUUUGGAAGAAAAUGCUAGAAAUGAGAGAAGCAGUGGAGCAUGAAAUAUGGUGGGAAGUCAAAGGAGGAUAUACUAAUGUGUGGUAUGAUAACUGGACCAAGCUGGGAGCAUUGCAUCUUGUGGUUCUUAUAGAUUACCCUAUUAAUGAAGAUCUGGUUGAUGUGAUUGACUUAAUAGAAGGGGUUAGUUGGAAAGAUGAGUUACUACAUCAAUUUUUCCCUACUGAUAUUGUAGAGCAUAUUAAAUCAGAAAUACCCAUUGAUCAGAUGCAAGGAACUUGGGAUAGACCAUGGUGGAUGCCAACAAGUACAGGAAAAUUUACAGUGAAUAGUGCAUGGAACAUUUUGAGGCAUAGGGAACAGGAACAUGAGGAGUAUAAGCACAUGUGGAUUAAAGGGAUACCAUUUAAAAUCUCUUUUUUCCUAUGGAGACUUUGGAAAUUCAAACUGCCAACAGAUGAUAUUCUACAGAGAAUGAGAAUUCCCAUAGUAUCUAGAUGUUAUUGUUGUGUUAACCCUCAACAGGAAACAAUUCAACAUUUAUUUCUAACUGGUUCAUUUGCUUCUGAAGUGUGGAAAGUGUUUAAAAAUGCAGCAUGGUACAGAUUCACCAGUCCCAGCUAUGAUUACUUGGGAACUUUGGAAGAGGAGGAACAGAAUCAAACAUGGAGGAAGAAAGGAUACAGACCCCUGAUAUGCACUAAAACAGUUUACUGGAAAUUCCCCUUUGAGAGGUGGUAUAAGUGUAACACUGAUGGAGCAUCUAGGGGGAACCCAGGGCCUAGUUCAUAUGGUUUUUGUGUGAGAGAUUGGAAUGGAGAUUUAGUUUACGCACAAUGCCAGAAAAUUGGACAAAGCAACAAUGUGAUAGCAGAAGCAAGAGCAAUUCUAGAGGGUUUAAAAUAUUGUGUGGAAAAGGACCUGCAUCCUCUAAUCAUGGAGACUGAUUCUUUAAUGAUGAAGAACAUAGUUGAAGGAAAGUGGGAGGCUCCUUGGUGUAUUAUCACAAUGGUGGAUAGACUAAAAAGGCUGAUGGAGGGAUUUCAUGUACAUCAAGGUUCACUUCUUUUUUCUGAUUUGCCUAGUGCAGGGAGGAAAUUACUUAAUCUAGACAAGCAUCAGGUCCCUCAGUUAAGAUUCAGGAAUGGCAAAAAUACUGGAUACAGUGAUAUGCAAGAUUGA